AUGUCCUACCUUGCGCAACCUUUGCAAUGGAAAUGUGCACAAAGCUGCUCAUCAAAAUGCUACUGUUGCUCAGGUCAUACAGGGCUACAAAGACCUAAGGCAGAAUCCCCGCUCUUGGGCCCAUACGUUCGUGGGUUGCCAGCUAUUCUGGCACUCUCCGGGGCAUCUCAGUGGCGGAGGAAAUACAAUCGCUCUAGAUGUGUUGCCCGUGCGCAGACAGAACUGGUGGAGAAGGAGAUUCGGGCCGCUAUGCAGCUGGAUCCGACACGGCUAGAGAUUCAGUCUUCCAAGGACAGCAACGACAACCGGGAUUUGCGGGGUGAAUGGCUGCCACUCUUCCGGGGUUCUGCGCCUUAUGUUGCAAUGUUUCGGCAGAGUAUCAUGGUCUUUCACAUCCCUGGACGACUCUUGAUGGAGACACAGUCCUCCGAGCUGGAGGGCCUGCUGGGUGACAUUGCUCUUUGUGCAGUCCUUGGAGUUCGGCCAGUUUUGGUGCCAUCCUUGUCGCAACGAGUAUGGGCCAGACUAUCUGCAGAAUGCAAAGAGUUCGAGGUCAAGGAAGAUCCGGAUGCACUGGAGGCGCUCUGUAAUGCAUCCUUUGAGAGUGCAGAAAUGGUGGCUCGGUUGUUGAAGCAAGAAGCUGGCAUGCUGUGUGCAGAGGUCCAGGAUUUGUUUCUCCGAGUAGCUGCAAAACCUACAGGAAACUUCGAGACAAACAAGAGCUUAUCUGUUUUUGCAAGCUCUCAGCUUGUCAGUGCAGCUCCGCAGAGGGCGGCAAGUGGUUGGCAGAGCAGUCCACUCCUGGGGCGAGUGACCGGGAUUGAUAGUGCACAAAUCCUUCAGCGCUUGCAAGAGGAGCAGGUGGUUUGUGUAUUGCCUGUGGCCGCGGGCCCACUUCGAGGUGAUGGACGACUGCACUACAUACCCUCAGAGGAGCUGGCUGCACAGGUGGCAGAACAGUUGAAAGCUGCCAAGCUCAUAUUCUUCACUAGAGGUCAACGGAUCGUGGACACGGCCCAUGGCAACGCCAUUCCGACUAUGCAGCUUGGAGAGGCCAGUAGACUCCUUGAGCAUGCGAAAACCAGCAGUACCUUCAUGGACAAGGACGAGUCCAAAGAAGUUGUGAAGUAUUUACAGUGGUUGAUCCAAGCAUUGCGCAGUGGGACUCGACGAGGCCAUUUGAUUGAUCCUCAGCGCGGAGCUCUCUUGCAGGAGCUUUAUACCACUGAUGGGAGUGGGACCAUGAUCUCCCUGGAUUUGUACGAUGGCAUCAGGAUGGCUGGUUCCGGAGAUGUCUCAGGCAUUUUGGAUCUCAUCGAGCCCCUUGUAAAGCGCGGCUUGCUAAAGCGGCGGGGCACCUACGAGGUCGAGCGCGCUUGCAACAAUCAAGAGAUGUUUGUUUGGAAGCGUGAUGACAAAUUUGUCGGUUGUGCCAGCCUCGAGCGAUUUGAAGAUGCACCGGGGAAGGCAGAGCUCGGAUGCUUUGUUGUUUCUCCCCUAUGCCGUGGCAAAGGACACGGUGCUGUGCUUCUUUCUUACAUCGAGCGGGUUGCGACCCUUUUAGGUGUGAGGCAGCUAUUUCUCCUGACCACACAGACGAUGCAAGCUCAACUCAGAUGA